GUUAUUUUAGUUCUCGAUAUUCUUAACUCUAAAUACCCUAAUAGCUCUAUUUCUAUUAAGCAGAUUUAUAUAUAUCUUAAGGAAAUUCUGCCAGAACUAACUGAUUUAUUUGAGAUAAUUCUUAUAUAUAAUAGAGAAAACCUUAAGUAG